AUGAUGGGUACCAUGUUUGAAGCAGAUGAAAAAAUGGAAUUUAUACGCAAAAUUUUAUUGGCUCUUGAUAGAAAUAAUUGUAAAGCAGUUAUAUCAUUAGUUGGAUUUGAAAACAAAGACAUCAGCAAGUUAUCCACUACUGAUAAUAUAUUAUAUUUAACACAUGGCAUUCCACAUUGUUGGUUAUUUCUUCAUAUGUCAGCGACAAUUCAUCAUGGUGGUGCCGGUACUACACAUGCAAGUCUUCGGUAUGGAUUGCCUACAUUAGUAUUAUCUUUUGGAGCUGAUCAACCAUUUAACGGUGAUCGAAUAUUUAUCAACAGAUUAGGACCAAGAUCUAUUCCCAUACGUCAGACUAAUGUGAAGAUUUUGGCUAAUGCAAUUCGUGAUCUUAUGAUUGACAAUUAUAACAUUUAUAAAACCAGUGCUAAAAAGAUUAGCGAAUUAAUUAAAAAUGAAGAUGUACUUAGUCAUUGUGUUCGUCUUAUAGAAGCAGAGCUAACAGAAUAA